GAAAUCACAAUGGGGUUGGUUGACCCUCUCGUUCAACGAUUCGCAAGUGCCUGGAAGCUAGCAGUCACAGCGAUUGCGCCAUCUUGGGAUUUGUCAAAGACCAUUCAUCUCCGCCAUUUGUCAACCUCCACAAAUACCCCCUCUGCUUUCUCUUUUACUUUUGUUCAACCGAGAAAUGUCCAUUGCAAGACUUGCUUCUCGCAUGGCGUAUAGCGCCCUUCGAGCUGAGAAAAGACCACUUGCCGUAGCUGGAUCUAAAUCUUUCCACACAUGGACUAGUUUGAGACAGAGCUCUGCUUCACCAUCAACCUCAGGGGACAAUUCUAGUGUAUUCACUUCCAGCAACCCCCCUAUGGCGUUUCCUUGUAUUGACAAGCUAGAGUCUCGAACCAUGUCAUUAGACGGAGGGCCAGAACCAAGCUACGACAAGGUCGUAACCGGUUACGAAACUUUUAAUUAUUCUUCACCUUUCCUACUUGACCAUGGUGGUAUUCUUCCCAACUUUGACAUUGCUUACGAGACAUGGGGAAAAUUGAACGAAAAGCGAGAUAAUGCCAUCUUAAUCCAUACUGGAUUGUCUGGCUCAUCACACGCCAAAUCACAUAUCAAGAAUACAAAACCAGGGUGGUGGGAGAACUUUAUUGGGCCCGGAGCAUAUAUCGACACCAACAAAUUCUUUGUAAUUUGUACAAAUGUUAUUGGAGGUUGUUACGGAUCAACUGGCCCAAGUUCGAUCGACUCGGCUGAUGGAGAGCGAUAUGCCACUCGCUUCCCUAUCUUGACAGUCUGGGACAUGGUUAGAGCGCAAUUCCGCCUGCUUGAUUCCCUUGGCAUUGAAAAAUUGCAUGCAAGCGUUGGAGCCAGUAUGGGUGGUAUGCAGUCUUUGGCUGCUGCUGCUUUAUACCCUGAUCGUGUCAAUAGAUUAAUCAGCAUAUCGGCAUGUGCUCGGUCUCAUCCAUACUCAAUUGCUUUGCGACACACUCAACGUCAAGUUCUCAUGGCAGAUCCGAACUGGAACAAAGGAUUCUAUUACAAAGGUGUUCCACCACAUAUAGGAAUGAAGCUCGCUAGAGAAAUCGCCACCAUUAGUUAUCGAUCUGGACCAGAAUGGGAAUUGCGUUUUGGACGAAAGAGAGCUCAAGAGAAUCAGUCGCCAGCGCUUUGCCCUGAUUUCCUGAUUGAAACCUACUUGGACCAUCAAGGCGAACGCUUCUGUUUGCAGUAUGAUGCUAAUUCCUUACUAUAUGUUUCAAAAGCAAUGGACAUGUUCGAUAUGUCCAACAGCGCCGUUACAAAACUGAGGACGCAGCGCACCAAGAACGAACCCGUUCUUAGACGAUUGACUGAACGUCAAAAUAGCCUCGAUGACCAUAAUGAAUAUAAGACCUUUGCUGAAGCAUGCCGGUACGAAACUGGAAACAAGUCUGCUCUGGAGCAGCAUGAAGAGACCACCCCCGAAGCAUCUAAGACUGACGGCAAGAAGGUUCUGUCUACCUUGGCAACUUCCGAUCCUGUUACUCAAGACCUUAUUGAAGGAAUGACCCGCAUCAAGAUGCCAGCACUGGUGCUCGGCGUUCAAUCAGAUAUUUUGUUUCCCGUAUGGCAACAGAAGGAGAUAGCAGAAUGUCUGCGAGCUGCUGGUAACAAGAAUGUCACGUAUUACGAGCUUGACUCAAUGUAUGGCCAUGAUACAUUCUUGAUUGACGGUGUCAGCGUUGGUGGUGCCGUGAAAGGUCACUUGGAGUUGCUGGAUACGAGUAAAUAGAUGUCGAAUAUAGCUGUAUUACCAUAAAAUCAUGUCCUCAUACCACUUCUCAUCUCGUGCUAUUUUUACAUGAGCGCAUUUUCAUCGAAUGUUUAAGAACCAAAUUUCGAAGCUUGUCGGAGCAGGGAAAGAGAAUUCUCAUCAUACGGAAUUAACAAAGAAAUAUUUCACUAACCCUUUAAUGUGUUUUU